UAUAUUCAGAACAGAAAGUGCAUUUCACAUCAAUGUCUUUUUUAAAAUCUUAUUACUAUCCAUAAACUUAGCUAGAGCAGUUUGACGCUAACUCCCUUAAGCUAACGUUACUGUAACGUCAUUUCCCUUCCUGUUUUGACGGUUUAACUUAGGAGGCUCAACCCACAGCUAACAUCACUGUCAACAAAUACUAAACUAUAGUUUAGACUCAGUGUUUUUUUAAUCAUCUGAGCGGCUUAUGGACAACGCCAGUGGUUUAUUUACCGACGUUACGCCACAUUUAAAUUAGCAGGCUGCCCUCAGUAUAGCAUUUAGCUAGCAGGCUAACACGCGGCCGAGCAGCGGCUCGUGCAUUUAUUUAUUCAGCCUUUAACUGGUCGCAAAAAAAUCUUGAGAUCGAGCUCCCCACGGGUCUGCAAGAGCUCUGCACCACCGUCCCAUGCCCUCUGCGUGGAUGGGAGAUAGUUAGCCGGUGGAGCCGAAGAGGUAACAGCCAGCAGUCCUGCUAAACAUGGAGGAUGAAGAGGUUGCAGAGAGCUGGGAAGAGGCAGCGGACAGCGGGGAAAUAGAGAGAAGGCUUGAGGCUAAACUGAAAAUAAACCAAGAAGCAAAGAAGUCCAGCUUGGGUUCGGGUGGCUCACCUGUUCGAACUGCUAUUGUAAUCCAGGAUGAGUCUCUUCCUGCAGCACCCCCACCGCAAAUUCGAAUUCUGAAACGUCCUUCAAACAACGGUACCGCAGGAAACCUUGCAUCCUCGACUCGCCCCUCUCAGCAGAUGAAGUCUUUGGCCCAGCGGGAGGCAGAGUAUGCAGAAGCACGAAGAAGGAUUUUGGGUAGUGCGUCUUCAGAUGAUACGCCUCAGGACAGUCCGAGCCAGGACAGGCCAUCUCGUCUGAGCGGGCAGCAACAACCGGAACCAGUUCGUCCAAACAAUCAUGUGAUCCGCCAACCUACCGGCCCAGAUGGCACCUCAGGCUUCCGACUCUGCAGAUAAACUAGAGCUACCUGCUGCAAGGAAUCAGCUGUCUCUCUGAGAGGGCGUAAAGGGUGGCAUUUAAAGGGGUUGUGUGUGGUAUGAAGAGCAGAGUGGUGGGGAUACACAAAAUUUGACAGACAUUUAUAUAGAUAUAUGACGACGUAGCAUCGAUUGAAACGGACUUCUCCACCCUCUCUCUACUCUGCUUACUGGCAUGGUCUUUGCCUUUCACCUUGUCGGUUCCUUCUGUGGAGCACUGCAAGGGGCUGGCAGAGAUCAGUCAAAGAACUGAAACCCCUUCUGUUCCACACUGUGAACAGGCUUUUGCCUCACCUCCCUACACACUGUGAUACUUUGAUGUACCAUGAGGUGCCCUUUGAUUUUAAGUAUGAUUGGCCGGCCGAGUGCCAGGGCAUCAGGUGUCUGUCUCUUCAGGGAGAAUAAGCAGAGCUUUGUGGGAAUUCCCCGGAGACGUGCAAGCGACCGAGCUGGCCUUUCCACUGAGAGAGCGUGGAUCAUGGCUGGGUGUCCACCGGGAUGCUGGCCUCACUUUGUUGGGUUCAGUGGAAAUGAAGUGCUUGACAGUGCUGAGAGUUUACCGAGUGUUUACCAGCUUGAGUGCAAGGCGGGGGGGAAAUCUAACUGAUCCAACACUAGUAAAAAUGCACUGUUCUUAAAAGUGUGUUUUUAUACUGUAGUUGCAGAGCAAUGGCAGAGGCCCAGACCAGCACUUCCCACAGUCCACAGGCCCAUGUAUGGAACUGGUGGCUAUGAAAGAAAUGCCCGGUGGGCACGCAGCCUGUGGCCAAAGAUUUUAGAUCAGAAGGGCAGAUUGUCAUUAAAUCUAAGCUUAUUCAAGCAAUAAAGAUGAA